CCGAUAGUUCAAAUCAGAGGUAACAAAGCAAAAAAUAAAAAAGAAAGAAAAACGCCAACCACAAACAAACUAAAUAAAAUCCAGCCAUAAACUCAAAGCGAACAGACAAACAAUAUAAAAUAGUUAAUUAAUUUGCGCCAGCAAAAGUUACAACAUUUUUUUUUAAUUGUUCUUUAAAAGUGCGCAAGAGUGAGACUUGAAAAGCUAAGGCAAAUGUUAAAUGAAAACGCAUGAGAACCGAAGGGAAAAAUAACGUCGAACGGUUUUCCGUUAAGAAUCUCGCCAAAUAUUCUGGACCUUGCGAGUUGCGGCGACCGAUCUCGAUGUCUCCGCAAUUAGAUAAUGCUUAAGUUACCAAAAGGCUUAAAAAAGAAAAAGAAGAAGUCAAAAAAGGACCAGGAACUCUUCACCGAAGAGGAGCUCGAGCAGUACAAGCGGGAGCUCAAAGCGAAACAGGAGGCUGCCGCCAACAAAUCAGACGCUGGCGAAUCGGACGCAGCAUCAGACGUCGAGGGCGCAGCAGCCACAUCUAGCCGGCAGGCCGCAUCGGCAGCCACACACGCAUCCGGCUUUGCUUCAGCAACUGGUCACGAGCAUCAACAGCAGCAGCAGCAGCAUCAGCAGCAGCCGCAGAACGCUGACGCUGGCGACGAAGAAUGGGCCAAGUUUAAGGCGUUAACCUCAGGUGUCGAUAACAUAUUACACAAGACACAGGACGAGCUCGAUCGUAUCAAGAAGGAGUCCUUCUAUCAGCGCCUGCCCUCGGCAGCAGAAAAGAAGAAGCAAGAGGAAGAGGAGGCCGCCAGGCGCGAGGAGGAGCGACUCGAGCGCGAACGCCAGCUAGCAGCCGAACGUGAGGCGAACCGUGAUAAGUUAGCGGAAGCCGUUGUCCAGCUAUCCGACUCGGAAGACGAGCAGCAGGACGACGUCGAUGACAUCUUUGCCACCGAUUACAUUGAGGCAAUUACCAGCGGUGAGGUGCAAUUAGGUGUCAUACCCGAUUCGCCAGUGCUUGAGCUAGACGACGGACCCGAUCCAUUCGAUACUGCCUACGCGGAGAAGGUAAUCGUUGGCGCCGACAAGGCCAAGAGCAACAAGAAGCUCGUCAGCCUUGGCGCCGCAGUUGAGGUGCUCUCGGGCCGCGUCGACCGUGAACACGCUCUCGCUUUAGCCAAUCCGAAGCGCAAACUACGCAAGGGCAUCCAAAAUCUGCUGCUCAGCGAAAGUGUUGAGCUCGCCGAUCCCGAAGCUGAUCUCUUAGGUGCCGAGCCGCAGCACAAUUUGCUCGACGAUCUCGUUGAUGACGUGCCCGAAUGUGUGGCGCCCAUUGAUCUAAGUGUUUCGCUGCAUUUGCACUUGAUCAAGCCCCAAAAAGUCGAAGAGGAGGACGAGGAAGCAUUCGGCCAGCUCAAUCCGGACCUCUCCGAGUUUGAUGCGCUCAAAGACGACGAAGACGACGAGUUUGCAGAACUAGCAGCCGAGUCUCUUACCAAAAAAGAGGAGGUUACCAUAGUUAAUCAGGUAGUGCUGCCUCCCGCGGAGUUACUCCUCGAAGCCGCAGCCGAAGCCAGCUGGGCAGAGUUUGCGCCGGAGCCAGAAGAGCAAGAAUCAGGGAAACCGAAACGACCGCCGCCGCCGGUUCGUCCGGCCAGUGGACCGCACAUUGUACCCGGUGCAAUCUACGUUAGCGACGACGAGGAGGACGCCAAUCCGGACGACGAUCCGUUCAACACUUACUACGCCGAGCUGGUGAUCAAGAAGACCACUGUUCUAGAGGAGGACGACGAUUUCGAUCCGCGUGCCGAGGAAGCAGCUGACGCUUCGUCCUUCUUAGCGGCGCCGGGCCGUGAUCUCUUGGCUGGCAGUGCCACCGACCUGAGCAAGGUUGUGCCUGCACCACUUGCGCCCACGCUAAGCGUUGACAACCAAGAGGAGGAGCGGGACUUUGAUCCCUUCGAUACAUCGGCGGUCAACGCGAUCGUUCAGCCCAAGGCCACAGAGCUGCGAUUCUUGGAGCGGGAGCUGCUCAACGAGACCGGCUCGAGUCUAAAGCAUUCGCUCAGCGAUCCCGACUUUGAUCCGCGCGCCGAUCAGCCAGCAAUAGUUGCCGAGUCAGCGCCACGAGCGCAGAUUGCCGCUCCGGAGCCGGAGUUCGAUAGUGCACGUCGCAAGUCUUCGCUGAGCCUUAAUAUACAAGGCAAGAGCGUGGGCUUUCUAGUGCCCUCGCAGGACUUGCUGGCCGCUGGUAAUGACGGUGGCCUGGGUGCCAAUAAGAAGCCGCUGACACCGUACUACCAGCCCAUUCAGGAGCGCGAAUCAGAGGAUCCGUUCGACACUUCGUAUGUGCCCGAGGCCAAGCUCAGCGACAUUGAGCUGAAGCACAUCGAGGCCGAUUUAAUAGCAGAGCCUACAUUGAAGCAUAGUCUAUCUGAUCCGGACUUUAAUCCGCGCGCACCUCCAACGCCAGUGCCCGCCGAGGUGCUGCUGGCCGUCGAGGAGAAUAUCAACAUCAAGGUAUUGACGCCCGCCCAGGAGCGCCGACAGCUGCCAAGUAACCCGCAGCUGGACGAGGAUCAGGAGCUCGAUCCGUUCGACACCUCAAUUGCAGCCAACCUACAGCCGGGGCAGACGGAGCUAAAGCUGCUAGAGAACGAACUGCUGCCGGAGAGCAGCAAGCAGCCUGUUACUGGUGUACUCGAUACCCAGAGCGACGCACAGGAGCUGGGACUGGGCGACAAGGUGCUGACGCCGUCGCUGCCAAAUCGCACAACUGAGGAGCUGCUGGUGCAGCAGCAGGACAUCGAUCCAUUCGACACUUCUAUUGCCGAGAAUCUAGCACCGGGCGAAACGGAAAUCAAGCUGCUCGAGAGCGAGCUCAUCGAGCGUUAAAGUCUG